AUGCUCUUAAUAUUUGGCCGGCCAAGUAUCCAGAAGCUACGCAGCUCUGUCCAGGAGCUGUCCUCCAACAUAUCUCCCCUGCUGCCCCUUAUUGACUGGAAACUGUGCUUGCUAUGCGCGGUCUGGUACACGGUCAGCGUUGUCUCUUCAAACAGCACAAAAUCCAUCUUGCGCAACUUCGACUACCCAGUGACGCUCACAGAGCUCCAGUUCAUCAUCAACGCCGCGUACUGUUUCCUCACCGUGGCAUUUGUCAAGAAAUAUGACGCCAUGUUUGCAUCUCACCGUCAUCACCUCAACCCCAACUCUCUGUACGCAGGCAAGGAGUCCACGUCGCUGCUGGACAAAUUUCCCAAGGGCACGUUUCCAAUGGAGCUCAACCGCUACGGUUACACGCUCACAGACUUUCUGACCCCUACACUCUUUGUUUUGAAAACAACGCUCCCAAUGGGAAUGUUCCAGUUUGUGGGCCACAUCGCGUCGCACAAGGCGACCUCAGUCAUCCCCGUUUCUUUAGUUCACACGAUUAAGGCGCUUUCGCCUCUGACCACCGUUUUAAUCUACCGUUUCAUGUUCAAACAGCAGUUUGGAAGCAAGACGUACUUGACCCUGCUUCCCCUAAUGGUGGGUGUCAUGCUGUCCUGCGUGAAAAAUAGCAAGAUCACCGCCGACUCGGAAUUCUUCUACACCGGCUGCGUGUUUGCGUUCGUCUCCAUGCUCAUCUUUGUGUCCCAGAACAUCUUUGCCAAAAAAAUCCUCACUUUUGAGGCCAAGGACUCCAAAAACGAUUAUUUCACCCACAGCCUCAACUACAAGGUCGUCAAGAGCGAGUCGGCCACCUCGACGCCCAUGCUCCCUAUUGCGAUGACCCCAAAACACAUUAGUCCGCCGGUCACGCCUUUGUUGGGCAACUCGUCGCAAUCUCUCAACAAGCUGGUGAUCAACUCCGAGAAAAAACUCGACAAGAUGUCGGUGCUGUUCCACUGCUCGUCUGUGGGCUUUGUGCUGACGCUGCCGCUGUAUCUGCUCUCGGAGUUCUCGUCAGACUCCGGUUUCUCUCUUGCGAAGAUCGACCGCUACGUGGCCGGUCUGAUUCUCGUCAACGGACUCUCCCAUUUCAUGCAGAGCGUGGUCGCCUUCCAGAUCCUUGGAAUGGUGAGUCCGAUCAACUACAGCAUCGCCAACAUCCUCAAACGGAUCAUCAUCAUCAGCUGCUCGAUCUUGGUCGAGGGCACAAAACUCAGCGCAGUCCAAUGGACAGGACUCGCACUCACUUUCAUUGGGCUCUACUGCUACGACAAAUGGGGCGUGCAGCGCAAGCAGUGA